CAGCGAAAGACGACUGGAACAGGCCAAAAGAAGUCAAAGAGGAAAUACCCAACACCAGUUUGGCUUCACGGUACGCGUAGAACUACGACAUCAGUGGCAACGGCAGCACCAAGCACAUCACAAGCGGAACCUGCAGAUGGCGCCAGCUCAGCUUACAACGAGAUCACUGCCCAGCAGACAGGCACGCAGUCUGGUGCACAUCAUCAGGAAACGAGCCCAGCGCCAAAAAAGCGAGCCCGAGGACGCAAACCAAAAGGAAAAGCCGAACGCCCGCUUGCGGAAUCAGGCGCAGAUAAAGCUGAGCUAAGUGGAAAUGAAGAUGAGGUAAAGUGCAUCAAAUCAGAUGGCGAACAUCCCGCUUGA